GGUAUGGGUGGACAGUUUGAUUACUUUGGCCUGUGGAUUGACCAGUCCUUUAAUUAUGGCCAUAGUAAAGCUCAGCCUCGCUGUACAACAUAUGCCAGUCCACAGCUGUCAGGGACAGCAGAAUUUGAGGUGGUAGCCCUGGAGGUUUGGGAGGUUGGACCUGAACCCAAAGUUGACAGUGAUGAUGAGGAAGAUGGAGGAGAGGAGAAGAAGAAAAGUGUCCUGGACGGUAAUGCAGAGGCUAGAGCAAUGCUGUCUCUCAUUGGUAAAGAGCGGGUCAGUGAGGGUUACAGAGACGAGGAAGAUGACAUGGAGAUUUCCGAGGACAUGAAACGAAAGAUGAACACAAUACCAUCUCUUAUAUAGACAUAUUCAUAAUCAUCUUCUGUAUUUUGUACACUAAUAGAAUCUUCUACAUUGAGGGUGUGAUAGAGAACUCUCCAACCCAAGGGGUGAUAUUAUAUAGAUUGUCUCAUUAAUCUGAGGAUUAUACAAUCAAGAAUAUCAUCCCGAGGGCUGGAGAGUUCUCUGUCACAUCCUCAAGGUAGGGGAUGCUUAUUUUUCUCCCAUCAUACCAUUUUUGAUUACAAAUGGUCCAGUUAUUCCAAUAUUAGAAAAAAAAACUACAAUGUAUUGCAAUACAUACAGUGUUGACAUGAUGUGAUUGAAUUGUUACCCUGAAUAUCUGUCAUGACAUCAUUGUAUUCUUGCUAUAACACCUUGUAUUGUUGUCAGCACAUGCUUUCUUUUAUACCCUAGGGUGUGACAAAGAUAUUGUACCCUAGGGGUGACAAGAGAAAUACCGUAUAUUGAGACAUUGUAAAAUAUUGUUUGUAAACAUAUCUAUUUAUUGAACACACAAAUUUAAAAUGUACACCUGAAUUUAAACAGAUUAAUUGGUGACCUACCAUACUCUUACACAAAACGAUACUUAGAAAAUGUAAUUAGUGUAAUUGUAAUUUAGCAGAAGGCUUUCAGGACAUGUUGAUUUGUGUUUUGCAUGAAGCUGAGAAACAGGCGGUCUGUGCUGUCAUGGUUGUGUCCUUUGGCAAGACCCUUUAUCCUUGUUGCUCUGGAUGGCAUGCGAUGGGCCUCCCAUAUGUUUUUCAGUGAGGUAGUCACCAAC